UUCCAGUUAACCCGACAUCAACAAAACCUUUGAAUCUGAAUGCGCUCAUAGCAACUGAAUAAUUAACCAGAACUGAAGUGUUGUAUGUUCAUAUUGCGCGCGUAAAUAUAUUUUCAGUGAAAAUAUAUGUGGACAGACGCAGAAACUUCUGGGUCGCUCUAGUGCUCUGUAGAUGCCGCAGGCUGUCAGCGGGCGUCAUCGUUUUUCUGUUGUUGUGACGGCGCAAACCGAGGAAGCAAUGGCAGUCCCGGUAGCUGCCACAUUACAGCUGAGCACAUCAUCAAGCCCGCCGGGUCUGCUGGAGCACAACAUUCACAUCAGAGACAGAGAUUUGGGAGGCAUUUCAAGUGAUAAAGAAAAUGACACGCUGCCUUUACAUUCUCCGUGGACUUUCUGGCUUGAUAGAUCUCUGCCAGGAACAACAGCAGCUGAAUGUGAGUCAAACUUGAAGAAAAUCUACACAGUGGAGACCGUCCAGAACUUCUGGAGAGUUUACAACAACAUACCCGGUGUCUCCAGCUUGCCUCUGAGAUGUAGCUAUCAUCUGAUGAGAGGGGAAAGAAAACCCCUCUGGGAGGAAGAAAGCAACGCUAAAGGCGGCGUUUGGAAAAUGAAAGUACCAAAAGAGUGCACCUCUGUUGUGUGGAAGGAGUUGCUAUUGGCUACUAUUGGGGAGCAGUUCAGCGAUUAUUGUGCCUCAGAGGAUGAAGUGGUUGGGGUCAGUGUCAGUGUAAGAGACAGAGAAGAUGUCUUUCAGGUCUGGAAUGGAAAUGCUUCGUGUGCCAAUGAGUCAAAAAUCUUAGGAAGAAUCAAUGAGCUCCUGCCACAAAUACCCUUUAAAGCAGUGUUUUACAAGCCACACGAGGAGCACCAUGCUUUUGAAGGAGGUCGAUCAAGACAUUAACAUUUUGCACAUCAGACCCUUGAGAUAUAAAAGAUUUUUUUGUUGUUGCUUAUGAACAUGUUUUGGACCGUAAUAUUUGGGCAAAUUUUGAAGCGGUUGGGUUGAAGCUCGUAGUUUCUCAGUGUAUCGUAAUUACCUCAAAAUGUAGCCCAUGUAUUAUGACUCGCAAUUGAUGGAAUUCCCCCAUCUUCUGAGCACUACUGUCACUCAACUAUAUCCAAAAUACUUUUGUUUUAGCCAAAAGCAAAAACCAUUAUAGUUUCAUUUUAUCUAUGGCAGUGUUUGUAUGUUUUUAUACUGCAACAUUUUGCAAAACUGUAACCAAAAACAGCAGAUCAUGUACAGUCAAAUGUUUUUAGAUGUAUUAUAGCAUAUUUUGUGCAGUUUCCUGAGCACAAACAAAGCUAGGUCUUUAAAUUAAAUCUCAUUUUUGGAUCUAAGAGGAGGCCUAGUUCCACAAAGCAAACCUUUAACAAUACAUAACAACGCUUUUCUAGUCAGCUCUUUUCUCUGUUUUGUAUCUUACAGCCAAAAUACAGUUGCCUAUACUGGAGAACGUAAAUAUUUAGUAUGCUGUAAUGCUAGUAUUUGAGCAGAAAAUUGCACAUUCUUUUUUUAUUUACUUCUUUAGAAUAUGAAUGGAUUGUGAAAAGAAAAUGUUCGUGUUACAAUAAAAUGACCUCAGUACAUAAAACAUUAUGAGUAGAUGCUGAGAAAUAUAUGCAAUCAUUUCCAUUCUGUAGAAUUUGCAGCAAAUUUGCAGUGUUGUGGUUGUAAUUUUGUUAAAGCUUCUGCCCUAAAUCAAGCACUUUGUUUCUUAUGUCUAAGACAUCAGACAGUCCCUCCAGGAUUAAAUAGAAUUGUGAUAACUGAGACCAAAUACCCUUUUGGUUUUGUGUCACCUUUUCUGAUGAAGUGUAAUGCUGUUUUUAUUUUUGUUUGUUUUGUAAGAGGUUUCUUUUUCAGCUUUUAAUAGAAACAUUUGUGAUGUGUGAAUGGCAAAGUUGAAAUGAUAUGUUUUUUUUUUUUUUAUGUGUUCAUAAGACCUGUGUUAGAAUUAAAAUUUGUGAAACCUACCCUUUGUAAAGCAGAUAAUAUUGGCCCCGGCAUAAAUGAACAAAGACAUGACACACAGAAAUCUGUCUGUGGGGCACAAAAAAAAAAAAGAAAGAUGAUCUAAAUCUCACAUUAUUGUAUGGCUGCUUGUGGCCAGUUUUAGUGUAUUUGUACAAUUCACUGGUGUUGGUGAAGUGAUGGACUGCAGCAUGGUCGAAUCUGUAUGAAACAAGUUAAUCAGAGAUGGUUUACUACUGCUGCACCAAAAGAUUUUCAGUUUCUCUCAGAUCCAUAGCUUUAAAGUUUUCUUUUUUGUCUUUAUUUGUAUUUGUAUUAUUUACAAAAAUCAUAAUCAUAUUAGUGAAAUGUUGAAAUUUAGGAAGUCAAAUUAUUAUACAUCUCACCAAAGGCGCCUUUCCCGUGUGUUUGUGUGUGUGUGAGAGUGUGUUAGUGAGGGAGUGAGAUGGACUUUUCUAGGCGGCAUAAUGCAGAGCAGAUUUUCAUGUGUACUAGUACUAUAAUACUAAGACAUCUGAGUUAUUUAUAAAGCUAGUGGCUUGGCAUGGAUUCUCUGCUCAAGUCAAGAAUACGGAGGAAUAUAUUUUCCGACCACUGACUUUGCCAAACUUAACAUUGCUUUAUUUUCCCUUUUGUUGUUCUGUUGUCCAUGUAACAAUGUUAAAAAGCACAUACUGUAGGAUAAGAAAAUUACUGUACCCUUGCACAUAUGCAGUCGACCACUCACUUAAGAUCUCAGACCUUGUAACUGAUUGUUGAUCUUGGAUGGUGCCUUGUGUUUACCAGCAGUUUAGAAUGUUACAGUCAUCUGUGUUCAGCAUGUUGAAACUGUAUUUAGUCAUGUUUCUCUAUUAGUUUUACACGUGUUUGAAAAAUAAAGAUGCCUAAACCUAA